AUAAAUACCGUUUUUAGAAUAGAAAGACCAGUAAUAUUCGGUGCUCUGAAUUUCAGGAUGAAGCUAUUCUUGCUCGCUACUCUCGCCAUCGUGGCGACAGCCCAUCACGGAAAUGAGUUGGAACAUGAACACGAUUACAUGUAUUUCCCUGAUGGGGACGGCGUUCCUCACAUAAUCGACUUACAGGAACGUGUCGAAGAUGUUGAUGCCAUCUUUGCACGCAACGUCGACACUAUCACCUUCAACUUGUAUACACGAAACAACCCCGCCUCGGCCCAAAUCUUGACACUCAACUCAGUAGCAACCGUUACCAGCAGCAACUUCCUUAGUUCUCGUCCAACCAGAAUAGUUACUCACGGAUGGCGUUCCAGCGAGUUCUCAGACGCCUGUGUAGUAGUUCGUGAUGCUUAUUUGGCUGCCGGAGACUACAACGUGAUUGUCGUAGACUGGAGCAGUAUAGCAAGUGAAAAUUACCUUACUGCAGCUAGCAGCGUCAGGAAUGUUGCCGGCCAAAUAUCAUCAUUCCUGAACUUCCUUAACGAAAAUGCUGGUUUGCAAUUCGGUGAAACGAAAAUAGUCGGUCACUCUCUCGGCGGUCAUAUUGCUGGUAUUGCUGCUCAAGGUGCCAGCGGAGAUAUUCAGGGCGUUAUCGCUCUCGACCCGGCUCUUCCUGGAUUCGACAACGCCGGUGCUGGCAGUGGAGUUCAUCCAAGCGACGCUGACCACGUUCAGGUGAUUCACACAAACGCUGGAUUGCUUGGACUAUCCAGGGCUGCGGGUGACAGCGAUUUCUACCCUAACGGUGGCACCACUCAGCCAGGAUGCGGCCUCGACCUAGUCGGAUCUUGCGCUCACUCACGUGCUUACUACUUCUUUGCUGAGUCUAUCGUAAACCCGACCGGUUUCCCGGCUACUGCAACCCGUUCAGGCAGUCUGGAAGCCUUUACCACGAAAUCUACGGUAUACAUGGGUGGCGAAUUCCUCAGCACACACGCAAGCGGUAGCUACACCCUCACCACUGGCAGCUCUGCUCCAUUCGCCCUGGGAUAAAUGGAUAUUCGAAGAACCUACUCAAAGAUGUAUCACAGCUUUAUAAUGGAAUUCGUUAUUGUAUGCCUUUAGACGUUCAAUAAAUACGACCCAACUAUCA